GUAUUUUUGUAACGCUACUUUUAGAUGGUGUUCUUUCAUCGAAUUGAUAAUUCUUCACCGUUCACCACCUCGUAUAGAUGCUACCCAGUUUCCUUUUUAGCCGAUAAUUUUCGUUCUAGCGUGGAAAAAGGAGGAAAAAGUAAGACUUCAUAUACUGUGUAAGUGUUUUAGUUAUCAUGCCUCCAUCUGCUUUAGAUGUACUUACACGACUGAACGUCCAGUACCCAAUGCUAUUCAAGCUAACUAACCAACAAGCAAACAGAACUACUCAUUGUGGUGUACUGGAAUUUGUUGCAGAUGAAGGGAGGAUUUAUGUUCCUUAUUGGGUAGACAUCAAAUAUAUCAUUUCUAUUUCAGAUGCUAAAAAAUCUACAUUUGGAAGAGGGUGGCCUGGUCUCUGUAGUUAAUGCAGCCUUACCUGUAGCUUCUUUCGCUCGUUUCCAGCCUCAGAGUACUGAUUUUCUGGACAUAUCUAACCCCAAAGCUGUACUGGAAAAUGCUCUUCGCGACUUUGCUUGCCUCACAGUCGGAGAUAUCAUUGCUAUCAACUACAAUGAGCGUAUAUAUGAGCUUAAAGUGUUGGAAACAAAACCGAAGGAUGCAGUCACUAUAAUCGAAUGUGACAUGAGCGUUGAUUUCGCACCUCCAGUUGGAUAUCAGCCUACUGAUUCUGCUUCUUCGAGCAAACAAAGUGAUAAAGAUCUACAUAAGAUCGAAGAAGAUCAUAUAGAAAUCCCUUCAGUUGUUCAAGGAUUCCAGGCAUUUAGCGGUACAGGUUAUCGGUUAGAUGGAAAAAAUAAACAGGACAAAACUGAUGAAACAGAUAAUGGUCAAUCAUUAGGGCAAUUGAAGGAAAGAGAAAGGGGUGUACCAAACUAUAAUUAUCAACCUGGAAGUUUAACAUUUUUCCGAAAUCUAAAACAAAUUACUGCAGAGAAAAUAGAAGAACCUGUAUUCAAACCUUUCAGUGGUACAGGUCAUCAAUUGAAAUCACGCAAGAAAUGAAAGAUAAUCUAAUAUCCUCCAUAUUAAAUUGUUUAUCUCACUGUUUGUAAUGAAGAAUUACACUUUGUCAAUUUUUCGAGUUUUCUUUCAUUUGCUUAGAAGCACUUGUAUAAUUUGGUUGUUAAUAAUUUUUGCGUAUUAACAAAUCUGUUAAAUUGACAAUUUUUUCUCUAAUGUCCUCGCAUCUCACGCACUAUGAAAUGUCACCUUUUAUG